AUGAGAAAGGAAUGGCGCGGAUUCAGUUCGGCGGACGGAGCAGAGAUCAUCAACGGCCACCUGCUGCUGCCGUUUGAGAAGCGCCUUCUGAACAGUUUAGUGCUGGUGGAGAAGUUCGUGCAAGACUUUGACGAAGAACGAGACAAAAAAGAAGUUGAAGUUCGUUUGCAGCUGUUGGAAACUUGUGUGUCUGAGUUUUUUGUGGUGCGUGAUAAAGUGGAGGUGUUGCUGGAUGAAGCUGCUGAUGAGGCAACCGCCAAUUCAGAUGGACCAGAGAAAGCUUGCAAAGUAAGGCUGGAGAGUGAAUCGAGGAAACGAGAAGAAGACAAUUUAGCCAUCGCUACGGACGUGGAGAACCGCUUCUGCAAGGCUAAGGCCGCGUUGGUAGAUCGGCGUGUUAGAAAACCGCCAGGGAGUUCUUCGUCAGUCCUGGCUACCGGAACAAGCAUUUCUAGGGUGAAACUUCCGGAGAUAAAGCUCCCAACGUUCGACGGCAGGCUACGAUACUGGGUGUCAUAUCGCGAUGCAUUCAGAAGCCUCAUUCACGCGAACCGAGAUCUCACCGACAUGGACAGGUUCACAUACCUUCGAUCGUCGCUAACUGGCGAUGCUCUUCAAGAGAUAAGCUCCGUCGAACUUUCUGCUGCCAAUUACCCGGUGGCGUGGACUGCACUUGAAGAUCGCUACCACAACCAGAAGCUCAUCGUCAAGGCAUACCUGGAUGCCAUCUUCAGGAUUGAGCCGAUGCGGAAGGAAAGUUUCGAAGCGCUGAGCCAGCUUAUCAGCGACUUCGAGAAAAACCUUCAGAUGCUGCAGAAAAUGGGACAGAACACCAACGGCUGGAGUACGAUUCUAGUGCACAUGGUUUGCUCAAGGUUGGAUGGAGUCACGCUGCGAUUUUGGGAAUCGUCGCACAACUCCAAGGAAGUGCAUGUCUACCGGAACUUGAUAAACUUUCGGAAGAAUCACUGUGCGCUUCUUCAAUUAGUUGGAUCGAGUAAUUUCGAUUUGAAGAAGCCGAAGCUAAGUGUCAGCCAUUCCUCAACGUCCAUUGGUCGCUGUCGGUGUGCUUUCAUGAAGCUGAAGAUCUCGGAGCGGUACGAUGCAGUGCGGAGAAACGGCCUGUGUAUGAACUGCUUAUCGUCAGGUCAUUUUGCCCAGAACUGCAGCAAAGAGAUGAACAGUGCCCAAGUGAACACCACCAACAGACACAGCAUACGCAAUCGGAACCACCAACACACCAGAAAGCACCAACCACAAACCACACCGAACCUUCCACUUCAUUGCCAGUUGUCAAUACACAUUCGCAUAGCACCAACCCACAGUUCGAUGUUUGCCAGAGCACUGCUCGAUUCCUGCUUGCAGUAUUGUUUUAUUUUGUCCGAGUUUUGUCGACGCAUGAAGCUUGAAGAGUUCCCGAAUUAUCUACCGGUAAAGGGCAUCGGUAAUACCGGGAGCGUGUCGAAGAAAGCUGUUAGCGGUACAAUCAGUCCACGUUUCGAUAGCAUUUCGGAGUUCGAGGAAGUUAUGCGGUUCAACGUCCUGCCGAAGCUGACGAUUCCACUCCCAUGUGAAGGGUUUGAAACUUGCCAGUGGAAUCUCCCGGAGAGCAUCGUAUUAGGUGAUCCUGAGUUCUACCACAUAUCGGACAUCGAUAUGAUAUUCGGUGCCGAGUAUUACCUCGACCUGCUGCAGGAAGGAAGGUUCAGGCUUAUAACUCCGUACCUAGUAAUCUCCGUACCCGCCACAUCCACCGCGUUGUGUUUCAUGUUCGAUCUUCGAGAACAGCUCACUCGUUUUUGGGAUCUCGAGAGUUGUCAUCUAGCGAGGACCUAUUCCGUGGAAGAGUCCACAUGUGAGGAGUUGUUCAAGAAAACCACUACAAGCGACGUAGAUGGUCGUUUCAUUGUGAACCUGCAUAGGAAGGUCCACGUAAUCGGUCACCUGGGUAGCUCCAGAGCUAUGGCGGAACGGCGGUUCCUUAGUCUGGAGAGAAGGCUAUCGAUCAACCCUCAGCUGAAGAAGCUGUAUUGUGAGUUUAUGCAGGAGUACGUGACAAUGGGGCACAUGGAAAAGAUACGCAAAGAAGAUAUCUCCGGAGCGGCACACUACUUUUUACCUCAUUACGCCGUCUUGAAGCCGGACAGCACAAUAACAAAGUUGCGGGUAGUAUUUGAUACUUCGUGCAAAACUUCGUCUGGUCUUUCCCUCAACGACGGGCUGGUGGUUGGUCCUGUGGGCCAGUAUGACCAAAUCUCGAUCCAUGCUUGA